AUGAGUGACUCACAGGAAGCGACAUCCCCGGUGGCAGGCAUCGGAGGACCUGUUGCCUGCGUGUCCAAGGUGGAGCUGCGUGUGUCCUGUAAGUCCCUGUUGGACCGAGACACGCUCAACAAGUCUGACCCGUGCGUCAUGCUUAUGGUUCAGAAUCAAGGCCAAUGGACAGAAUUGGACCGUUCUGAAGUGAUCAAGAGUAACCUGAAUCCAGUCUUCGCUAAAGUCUUAAUGCUGGACUAUUACUUCGAGGAAGUACAGAAACUGCGCUUUGAAGUCUACGACAUCCAUGGAACACAUAGUAUCGGAACUCGCGAUGAUGACUUCCUGGGUGGUGUGGAAUGCACGCUUGGACAGAUAGUGGCCCAAAAAAAGAUGGUGAAACCUCUUCUUCUGAAAUACGGAAAAUAUGCUGGAAAGUCAACAAUUACAAUUCAUGCAGAAGAGAUUUCCGGAAACAAUGGCUAUGUGGAGCUUUCCUUCUGUGCCAAAAAGUUGGAUGAUAAGGAUCUCUUCAGCAAGUCAGACCCAUUCUUGGAGAUUUACCGGAUUAAUGAUGAUGGAACAGAACAGCUUGUACACAGAACUGAAGUAAUCAAAAACAACCUGAACCCUGUGUGGGAGCCUUUUAAAGUGUCUCUCAUUUCUCUGUGCAGCUGUGAUGACGAAAAAAAAUUAAAGUGCUUAGUCUGGGAUUAUGACUCCAGGGGAAAGCAUGACUUCAUUGGCGAAUUCUACACCAAUUUCAAAGAAAUGCAAAAGAUUUCCUUGGAAAACAAGUUCACGUGGGAAUGCAUCAAUCCAAAAUACAAACUAAAGAAGAGGAACUACAAGAAUUCUGGGCUGGUUAUUCUCAGCGAUCUCAAGCUUCACAGAGUCUAUUCCUUCCUGGACUACAUCAUGGGAGGCUGCCAAAUACACUUCACAGUUGCUAUUGACUUCACAGCGUCCAAUGGGGACCCUCGCAAUAGCUGUUCCCUACACUACAUCAACCCAUAUCAGCCGAAUGAGUAUCUGAAAGCUUUAAUAGCCGUGGGGGAGAUCUGCCAGGACUAUGACAGUGACAAACGAUUUUCUGCUUUGGGUUUUGGGGCAAGAAUUCCACCUAACUAUGAGGUGUCUCAUGACUUUGCCAUCAAUUUCAACCCAGAGGAUGAUGAAUGUGAAGAGAUCCAGGGGGUUGUGGAAGCUUACCAAAACUGCCUCCCCAAGAUCCAGCUAUACGGUCCCACCAAUGUGGCUCCCAUCAUCAACAGAAUAGCUAAACUGGCGGCAGGAAAAGAACCAAUUAAAGAUGCUUCUCUAUAUCACAUCCUGCUGAUCCUCACAGACGGGGUGGUUACAGACAUGGCAGAUACACGCGAGGCCAUUGUCCGGGCGUCCUAUCAACCUAUGUCCAUCAUCAUAGUGGGAGUAGGGAACGCUGACUUCACCGACAUGCAGAUUCUUGAUGGAGAUGAUGGAGUUCUGCGCUCACCCAAAGGAGAACCUGUCUUAAGGGACAUAGUCCAGUUUGUGCCCUUCAGAGACUUUAAAACGGCUUCACCAGCCGCACUGGCAAAGUGUGUGCUUGCAGAGGUGCCUAAACAGGUAGUGGAGUACUUCAGCCACAAGGCAAUACCGCCCAUUAAUCCUGUGCUGAAUUCUACACCCAGCUCCAUUGCCAACACACCAGAAUAAGCCUGUACAACCUCCACAGUACUGCAGAGGGUGAGCGCUGGGAUUGGGCUGUUCAGCCAUUACCACACAGUACAUUGAUUACGCUGUCUUCAUAAAUAAGCUGUUCAUACAGACUGAGAAUUUGGAUAUUGGUGUCAGAUCUGGCCCUUGACACAACGACUGCUUCCCCAGCAUGCAAACUGGAGCCCUAUUCCCUCUGUCUACAUAAGGCUCCUCGGAAGGGCAAACAAAUCACUUAAUUCCCAUCAGGUCCACAGGCUUCUGAUCCCCACUGGCUCUUUUCAAAUGCACAAGGCCACCUCUGCAUUCUGCCGGUUUUCUAUGCCUUUUAGAGCUCUUUGAGGGCUCUGCCUACCUGUGUGUUCUUUUAAUUUCUGGACUCCUGGAGGACUGGAGCAGAAAUGGUCAGAAGUAUACAAUGUAAAAACAUUCCUAUAGAUUAUAACAUGUAAACUGAAUGAGGUAGUUUUUUGUUUUACUGGACAAAUAUGCAUAUUUUAGUGCAGACACCAUCAUCACCUCAAUAAAAGUAAAGAUGAAAGUAAAGAUAAGGUGUGUGAAGAUUAAAUUGAGCAAUUUGAAUUUAAAGACCCCAUGGAAUCAAAAUGAGAGUUUUGUGGAUUUUUGUUCAUGUGUGUUUCAUUUUUAUUCCAGAAAAACAGACCAAAAACAUUGAUGACUCAUGCUGCACUACACAUAUUUUUGUUCAAUCCUAUCAGGUACAAGAGAGGAACAAAAACCUUUCAAUUGUUCCGGAGUGAAAAUUUUAUUUUUAAAUGCUGGUAACCGGUUUAUAACACUAUUAUUUUGUUACAGUAAUAUUUUCAUGAAACUGAAGAGCUUAUAACAGUAAAAUUUCAGAAUGAUCAGAAAAUGCAUUUUUUUAUGGAAUUAUUGUUAGAUAUGAUACGCUAAUUCUAGUGCUGUCAUUUGAUUACAAUUUGUAAUCAUGAUUAAUCUAAUCAAUUCUUUAGUUAAUCAUGAUUAAUCCCAGAUUUUGAAAGUGCUUAAAUUUGACACUUUAUAUUCUGCUUUUCCUAUCAAAAUGCAUUUGGUUCCAUCUUAGGAAAUAAAACAAAACAUGAAAAAGUAUAAUGCUUUAUUAACAUUUUACAAACAAAGCUUUCAACAGUAUAAAGAUAGAAAUGUGCUAAAAUAGCACCAAUUCAAAUAACAUUAAAUGUUUCCCAAAGUCUAAGUGGGAGUUUGUCUAAUUAAAAAAACUAGUCUCCACAUAGGUUGCAUUUUAAUUUUCAAUAUGCAUUAAAUCUCUUAAACUCUCAUCCUCCACAAUAUUAAUCUGCUGGUAGACUGUGGCUAUACGGUUUGCUAUAGCAAUCGCAAAGCCGUUUGUGAUUCAUGAUUCAUGUCAGGGCGUCAACAUCAGUGUCAGGUGCCACUUUGAACUCCACAUGAAAAGUUGAUUCAGGACUUUUAUUAGCUCCAGAAGAACAUGCUCUGUACAUGCGCUCUCUGUGGGUACACCAAGGUUUAAAAUAAUAAUAAUAAUAAUAAUAAUAAUUUGGCCACACAGUGUGUGCAUGCAUGAGAGAUUUAUAAAUUGAUUUUAGAUGGCCAUUUGUAUAUUUUAAAUUAAUUCAUUCAUUUGGGGAAUAUUAAGGAUAUUUAUUGAAAAGACAUUAAUUUACAUAAGCUACUGUAUUUUAUGUUUAUUAUGAUUUCUAUACAGAUCAGGCAAGUUAUUUGGGGCUUGUUUUUCUAUUGCUAGAUCUGCAGUAUCACCCACCCUUAGCAUGCUGCCAUUUUAUAUAGUAUGUUAAUAGUUUUUUCAUUAUUGUUAUCCAUUUGGAAAGGAGGACGCAGAACGCCGGAACCAAACAGUUUCUGGUCAGAUCGAACCGAAAUAAAAAAUUUUUAGCUUUAAAUCCCUGAACCAAAUGCUCUCCAGAGAAUGUCCCUCCCCUGCAACCAACCAGCAAGUACCGAAUCAUGUUCAUGGUUGUGACAUACCUAUACCUAAUGCCCAUUGGCUAUUUUAAAAGAAAAGUGAUGAGCCUUUCAAUAUGUCUGCCCAAACUUCCUUUUUCAAUAAGAAAUACUUCAACACGGAACAAAAAGCUUGUCAAAUGGUUUCAUGGGGUCUUUAUCUCAGCAUUUGUUUUUAUCACUUUCUACAGCUCAGGUACUGUGGAAACACUUUGAAUCAACAUUAACAGCUGAAAUUUACACCACAAGAGAACCAAGACACACAUGAUCCAUUUUCAAAUCUUUGCUCUAACUACAGCAAUACAUUUUCAUUUGAAGUUAUGCAAAGCAAGCAUUCAACCCCCAUUACAUAUGUAAACACAGUAAAGUGAAAAAUAUGUGUAACGGGCUGUUUCCAUUGUUAUAUUUGGGUUGCACACUCUGUCAAGCUCAGCCCAGUAAUUACUCCAAUAGGAAUCAGAUACAGGUCUUUCAUUUACUGCUAUUCAGAACAAACAACAUGCCAUGCUUAUUGCAGACAUUUGUAUUUAAUAUGAAGGAAUCAUAUAAAUAUUGCCCUAUUCAUUUCAAUGUUUUUUUUUAAUAAUAUCUAAAUUUAACCUAAAACAACAUGAACAAUAUAGCCAUGAUAAAUGCGGAAGGUUACAACAUUCUUAUGCAUGACCACAAAUUCUAACAUUGUUCAUGUACAAACAAACAAGCAUGUAGAAAACUAAACUUCAUCUUAAAUGGAAGACCAUAAAGAUAGGAUGGCUACAGUGAGAAAAGUCACACAACUUAUUACAUAAAGAUUAUCACAUUAAAGGCAUAGGUAAGGUAUAAAUGCAUUUACACAGCAUUGAAAUCAAAUUUCACUAUUACAGCCCAUUACACUGUAUGUCUGGUUUCAAAUAUCUAGUAAUUGAGACUGAAUAACAGCUAUGAAUUGCAACCUUUCAUUCAAUAAGAGAUAUAAACUGAUUUAGGGUUAUCCAGCAUUAUGCAUCUGAUGGCAGUUAGUCAAAAGGUUGCAUCAACAUGAAAACUAUGGCAGUCUGAUAUGCUUCUGAUAAUGUACUUUUAAAACGAUUUCAAAUAUGACACACACAAAAAAAUCAUAUUAAUGUGUUUAAACAAUGCAUCAAUAUUUAAACAAUGUUUUUAUGCUAUGAACCCAAAUUAACAUAGAAUGACUAUAUUAACCUGUUUAGAAUUGAUGGUUUUGAGCAUGGAAUCAUCUUGCCCUUAAAGUAAUAUUCCAGGUUCAAUACAAGUUAAGCUCAUUUCACAGCAUCUGUGGCAUUAUGUUGAUUGACAUAACAAAUUAUUUAAACUUGUCCCUGCUUUUCAUUAAAAAAGCAAAAAUCGAGAUUUCUUUAAGGCACUUAUAUUGGAAGUGAAUGGGACCAAUCUGUAAAAGUUCAAAUACUCACUGUUUCAAAAGUGUAGCCACAAGGCAUAAACAACAGUUUGAUAAAAUCGCUUAUUAACCUUGUCUGUGUAAAGUUAUAUCCAAUUUUACAACUUUGUUGCCAUGAUAAUGUAACACCGUGAACCCUAAAACUCUUAAACAACCGUAAAAAUGACAAUUUACAACUUUACAGCUAAAAUAAACCACACAAAUUUAAACAGAACAGGUAAUGUAAAUGCUUUUAUAAUAUUAUAAGCUUCAAAUUUCUGCCUUUUAAACCCUCCAAAAAUUGGCCCCAUUCACUUCCAUUGUAAGUGCCUCACUGUAACCUUGACUUUUGCUUCUUGAGUCAAAAAGGUGAGUCGAAAUAAUUGUAUGUGGUCAAUCAACAUUAUGCCACAAAUGUUGUUGAUUGGGCUUAACUUGUUUUGAACUUGGAAUAUUCCUUUAAGAUAAUGACAGUUUUAAUUUCCCCCAAAAAGUGUCAUAUGCAAGGUAAUAUAUCCCUUGAUGCAUUUAGUAUAAAUUCAUUUGAAGUGCAGGAGUAUUGCGCGAAUGCAACAUUAUAAUUCAAUUGUGCAAAACCGGAUUAUGAUAGUUUUUCAGAGUUUAAACUGUGCAUCUAGUCUAUUUUUGGCAAAGCACAGUGGUCUUGUACAUUGCAUUUUGUAAAUCUUCUCUUUGCUUGUCUUUUUUAAUCCAAUUCCAAAUGGGCUGCAUGGCAUGCUAAGUGUAUCCUGGGGUGUUACCUGUUGCCUCUCUUGUGGAGGUGUCCUUUCUCCUCUCUCAAAUACGAGCUGAAGGAUGGAACAUGUUCAGCAUGAGUUUCUUUUCUACAGUCUAAGGUCAUUGCCUCUUUACUGACAGAACAUCAGCUUUAGAUAUUUAGAGCUACACAGAGCUCUGAGUCAUUAAAGGCAGUCUGCUCCAGGCUAAAUCAUUUUAUCAAAGAGAAGAUAGACAGAUCAUGCUGGCCAGAAAGAGAUUAUCAUUAAAGUGUAUUGUUAUCAUUGCACAUGACUCCCUGAAGCACUGGAUUGCAGGGAGCAUGAGGAGCCAUUCAAGCAUUUAACUAUGUUUUGUCGCACCUAUCCUUUGACAAUGUGUUUUGAUUUGAGCCAGUGAGAUUACUGGAAGUAAAAGUUGUGAUUUACUGCAUGCUAUCCUCUGUAUUGAGAUAAACCUGUCUGUUUCUUUUCAAUGUUAUUUUGUUGGAAGCAAUUCUGCCAUUGCACCAGCCCUGUUUCCUGUAGUCUAGACCCAUAAUCCUGCA